UUUCAGCAGGAAUUAGAAAACAAAAUAAAAAGAGGUUAGAGGAGUUAAGUUAGUUUCAUCUCCGUCCUCACCUCUGUUACUCCGUUAACCCAAUGGGAUUGGGUUCCAAUUGCAUGGCUCCUUCUCCGUCCAUCUCUUCGCUUAUCUCACACUCCCAACCUCACCGUUACGGUUACCGUUACAGUUACCGUUUCCCCAUUCAUCUCCCCACGCGCACGCAAUUCAAUCACACACCACGCGUCCAUCAAAUCUCCACAACUCCUUCUCCUCCUCCUCCGCCGGAGAAGAAAUCCUUCGCCGUCGCCACCGGGGAACUCUUCCUAGGCAUUGCUUCGCGUCUUAUCAAAAGCAGCGGUCCUGCUUCCGAUUCGGAUCCCGUUGCAAUGUUUGAGAAUUCGAAUUCAAAUUCGAACUCGAAUUCAAGAGUACUGAUGAACGAUGAGAAGGAGAGAAUUGGAGCUGUUAUGGAAGAUGAGAUUCAACCUGAUGUGAUUUGGGAGCAGAGAGUGAAAGACGUUGAAGCCGAACGUAAUAGGCGUCUUGUAACUACUCCUGGCUUUAGUUUCUCCGCCGCUGGUCUUCUCUUUCCUUAUCAUCUCGGUGUUGCUCAUUUUCUUAUUCAGAAUGGUUACAUUAAGGAAACCACACCGUUAGCUGGUUCUUCUGCUGGAGCCAUUGUCUGUGCUGUGAUUGCUUCUGGAGCUAGUAUGGAAGAAGCCUUGAUUGCUACUAAAGUAUUGGCUGAAGAUUGUCGAAGUCGGGGGACUGCAUUUCGGCUCGGGGCUGUUCUGCGUGAUAUUCUUCAGGAGUUUUUGCCAGAUGAUAUUCAUAUAAGAUCUAAUGGAAGAAUUCGAGUUGCUGUGACGCAGCUUCUUUGGAGACCCAGGGGUUUAUUGGUGGAUCAGUUUGAUUCAAAGGAAGAUCUCAUCAAUGCAGUUUUUACUUCUUCCUUUAUUCCAGGAUAUCUUGCACCAAAGCCAGCAACUAUGUUUCGAAAUAGAUUAUGCAUAGAUGGGGGUUUGACGUUGUUUAUGCCACCGACAUCUGCAGCACAAACGGUUCGUGUUUGUGCUUUUCCAGCAGGUCUAAUUGGAUUGGAAGGGAUAGGGAUUAGUCCAGACUGUAAUCCCGAGAACGCGUCUACCCCUCGUCAGCUUUUCAGUUGGGCACUUGAGCCAGCAGAAGACGUAAUGCUUGACCGACUCUUUGAGCUUGGAUAUCUCGAUGCUGCUGUAUGGGCAAAGGAAAACCCAGUUGAAAAAAUAGUUCAAGAUGAUACUCCUACUCCUGCAUUUGGAAAUAGCAUUGCAGAACAGCGCGUUACGGGUUAAAGAUACAUGAGGAAACAACAAAUCGGAUUCAAGUAUGCUAUCCUUGAAAGAGCAUCACUUUAGCAAAGAAAAUCAUGGCGGGAGGUCUACGGUUCAUAACUUCUAAGUGUAUACAUAUUUCUUUCAUAUAUUUACUGUAAAUCGAGAUAGAAUUCUUGCUGUGGACAAGAGGGAAUUGAAAAGAAGAAAAAAAGUAUAGAUAUUUUAUUUAAUUUAAAUUUACACAAUAGGGUGGUAAUGUAGUAGAUUUAAGUCUCUGAUUUAUUGUGGAUUACAAAUAAAUAGAACUUAUAUCCAAUUUACCUAUGAAUAACAAAGUUAAGGCAUAUGAGUUUUCUCUGAACGGAUGUCCUAUGAUACUUGGAAUCUAAUUUGAGUUUUAUUACCCUUGAUUAUGUACUUGGAG